UGGGUAGGGCACUUUUUAACCAGCCAUAUUGGAUCGUUGUCCUGGCUGAAGGAGACAGAGGAGAUGAAGGGGAUCCGGGGAAUCAGUCAGCUAUCGAUGAGGCUUUAUGCAGCCCAGGCUGCACGUAAGGCGGACGUAACUGGGUUUCAGCCGCAGGAUGUUCAGGUGACCAAACUGCUCAACGGACUUGUGAUUGCAUCACUGGAGAACUAUUCCCCAGCCUCUAAAAUUGGAGUCUUUGUCAAGGCCGGUUCUCGUUAUGAGACCCACAACAACCUGGGUGUCACCCACCUGCUCAGGCUGGCCUCCAGUCUGACCACCAAAGGAGCAUCGGCAUUCAAAAUCUGCCGUUCUAUUGAGGCAGUGGGAGGAAGCAUGAGCGUGACUUCAUCCAGGGAGAAUAUGAUGUACACGGUCGACUGUUUGAGAGACGACAUCGAUACAGUGAUGGAGUUUUUGAUCAACGUGACGACAGCCCCAGAGUUUCGUCCGUGGGAGGUUUCUGACCUCACACAGAGAAUGAAGGUGGACAACGCGCAGGCUGCACAAACCCCCCAGACAGUUGUGGUUGAGAGUCUGCAUGAAGCAGCCUAUAAGAACGCCCUGUGUAACUCCCUGUACUGUCCAGAAUACAUGGUUGGCAACAUAAAGUCUGAGCAUCUUCAUCAGUUUGUCCAGAACAAUUUCACAAGUGCAAGAAUGGCUCUUGUUGGACUUGGUGUUGACCACACGGUGCUGAAGCAGGUGGGGGAGCAGUUCCUCAACAUCCGUGGUGGAGCGGGAACCGCAGGAGCCAAGGCUCAGUAUUACGGAAAGGAGAUCCGUCUGCGAAGCACCAGCAGCCUGGUUCAUUCGGCCGUGGUGAGCGAGUCGGCGGCAGCAGACACCAGCGAGGGUCUGGCUUUCAGUUUGCUGCAGCAUUUACUGGGAGCUGGGCCACAUAUCAAGAGGGGAUCUGGUGUCUCCAACAAAUUGAUCCAGGGUGUUGCCAAGGCAACUACAGACCCAUUUGAUGUCAGUGUCUUCAAUGCAAGUUACUCUGACUCUGGUCUGUUUGGAGUUUACACAAUUUCUCAAGCUGCAGCAGCUGGAGAUGUGAUUAAAGCAGCCCUCGCUCAGGUGAAGGCUGUUGCUGAUGGAGGAGUCACAGCUGCGGACCUCACUCAGGCAAAGACCCAGUUAAAGUGUAAUUACCUGAUGUCUCUGGAAACCUCCGAGGGUUUGCUGGAGGCCAUAGGCACCCAGGCUCUGUCUGACGGAUCCUACCACUCUGCCGAAGAAAUCUCCAAGAACAUCGACAACGUCUCCUUGACCGAUGUCGCCAACGCUGCCAAGAAGUUUGUAACUGGACAGAAGGCGAUGGUGUCUCAAGGCAACCUCUUCAAAACACCCUUCCUGGAUGAGAUCUGAAUACCUUUGUUCUAUAUCUUUGAAAAAGCAGAAUUUGGUUAUUUGUUGGUGUUUUACCAGUAUGUAGUCGGGUGAUGACCUCCUGCUGCUCUCUAUCACUCAUCGAACUACACGUUGACUAUGUAGCUGGUGUAAAGUAAGGAAUAAAGUCUAUCUACCUAA